AAACCCUAGACCUACCUCUAUUUUGUUAACAUGAGACUAAAACCCUAAGUCUCUUCUACUCGGCCUCAACUCUCACACUCUCUCCACCAGCAGGCGGCUCCCCUUCUCUUCGUGCGCACCUCCAGACCGCCAACAAUUCAUCGCAUCUCAGGGAAAGGUUUGAGAACUACCUUGUAAAGAUGGUGCAAUAUAACCUAAAAAAAAUUACUGUUGUUCCCAAUGGGAAGGAUAUGAUAGACAUUGUUCUAUCACGAACUCAACGACAAACCCCAACAGUUGUCCACAAAGGUUAUGCAAUCACUCGCCUUCGGCAGUUUUAUAUGAGGAAAGUGAAAUACACACAGCAGAAUUUUCAGGAGAAGCUGUCUGCCAUUAUUGAUGAGUUCCCUAGGCUCGAUGAUAUCCACCCUUUUUAUGGUGAUCUCCUUCACGUUCUCUACAACAAGGAUCAUUACAAACUUGCCCUUGGGCAAGUGAAUACUGCCAGAAAUCUCAUUUCAAAGAUUGCUAAGGAUUAUGUUAAGCUAUUGAAGUAUGGUGAUUCUCUGUACAGAUGUAAGUGUCUUAAGGUUGCUGCUCUUGGGCGAAUGUGCACAGUGAUCAAGCGAAUCGGCCCUAGUUUGGCUUAUCUUGAGCAGGUUAGGCAGCACAUGUCUAGGUUGCCUUCCAUUGACCCAAAUACAAGAACUAUAUUGAUUUGUGGUUAUCCUAAUGUUGGGAAGAGCUCAUUCAUGAACAAGAUCACUAGGGCAGAUGUAGAAGUGCAGCCGUAUGCAUUUACAACAAAGUCACUCUUUGUGGGUCAUACGGAUUACAAGUAUUUGAGGUAUCAAGUGAUAGAUACCCCAGGGAUUCUGGAUCGACCCUUUGAAGAUAGGAAUAUUAUUGAGAUGUGCAGUAUCACUGCUCUUGCACAUCUGCGAGCUGCAGUCCUCUACUUCUUGGACAUCUCUGGAACAUGUGGAUAUACAAUCACCCAACAAGCUGCUCUCUUUCACAGUAUUAAGUCUCUCUUUAUGAAUAAACCAUUGAUCAUAGUGUGCAACAAAACAGAUCUGCAGUCGUUUGAUAAUAUUCCCGAGGAAGACAAGAAGUUGGUCAUGGAAAUGAAAUCUGAGGCUCUAAAAACAUUGGUAGGCCAGGGAGGUGAGGCAACCAAUGAAGAGGGAGUUCUUCUAACCAUGAGUACCUUGACAGAAGAAGGGGUUAUUGCAGUGAAGAAUGCAGCUUGUGACAGGCUGUUAGAUCAGAGGGUUGAACUGAAGAUGAAGUCAAAGAAGAUAAAUGACUGUCUGAACCGCUUCCAUGUUGCGAUGCCGAAACCUCGAGACCAUAAGGAAAGGCCACCUUGCAUACCUCCAGGGGUCCUGGAAGCCAAGGCCAAGGAAGCAGCAGAGAAAGAGAAGAGGAUAACUGAAAGGGAUCUAGAGGAUGAGAAUGGUGGUGCUGGUGUGUACUCUGCUAGCUUGAAGAAGCAUUACAUCUUAGCAAAUGAUGAAUGGAAAGAGGAUAUUAUGCCAGAGUUUCUUGAUGGGCACAAUGUUUACGACUUUGUUGAUCCUGAUAUCUUGCAUAGGCUUGAAGAGUUGGAGAGAGAAGAAGGGAUUCGUCUUGCAGAUGAGGCUGAGGAAGAGUUUGAGAUGGAUGGUGAGCAAUUAACACCAGCUGAGAGAGAAGCACUGGCUGAAAUAAGGAGAAAGAAAAGCGUACUUAUCCAAGAACACAGGAUGAAGAAGACUACUGCAGGAAACAGACCCAUUGUACCAAGGAAGUUUGAUAAAGAUAAGAAGUUUACGACUGAGAGAAUGGGUAGGCAGUUGACAAAAUUGGGUCUAGACCCGUCUGCAGCCAUAGAUAGAGCUCGUAGCAAAUCAAGAGGACGAAAGAGGCUGAGGUCACCUGACACAGGAGGAGAAGGUGAUGCCAUGGAUAUGGAUAUGGAUGGCGGGCAAUUAAACAAGAAGUUGCGAGCUAUGUCUCGAUCUAGGUCUAGGUCUAGGUCAAAAUCACGGCCACCAAUGGAAGUUGUUCCAGGAGAAGGAUUCAAGGACUCUGCCCAGAAAGGUAAAGCUAUUAAUCUUGCUAAGAAAUCUUCCAAGAAGAGGAACAAGAACGCGCAUAAGGGAGAAGGAGAUAGAGUCAUUCCUACUCUCAAACCCAAACAUUUAUACUCCGGUAAGCGCUCCACUGGUAAAACCGACCGGCGUUAAGUCAUUACAGUUGCUUUUUGAGUUAGUUCCAAUUUUGGUUUGUUUGUUGACUAGAGCUUAUGUAUUUUUGGGACCAGUUAUUUCUAUUUACUUGGAAUAUUAUCACAAAUAUUUUGCAUUUUACUAUUAUUGUUUUUGCUGUACCCAUUGCUAUUUACCAACUCUCGGAUUAUCUUUUGGCUUCAAA